AUGGCCCUUAAUGCCUUUGCCAACCUCAAGGGCGGCGAGGUUGCCUCGCGCACUCGCUCCCGGGCCGCCCUUUCGUCCGUCAGCAACAACAUCAGCACACAGGCUCAGCGAGCACCGCUUGGCGAAAAGCCCCCCGUCAAGAGCUCGCUGAAACCCUCGCGCCCUCCCGCCGAGGAGAACGCUGACCCCAAGAUGGAUGAAGAUACCCAUGCUCCCGUCCACCGUGCUCCUUCUACCCGCACUGCAGCCGCCUCCGCCGAGGAAGUCAAGGCCGAGAGCGGCGCCCCCGAGCAGCCGCAGCGUCGCGCCCUCCGAUCGAGAAACGAGAAUGCCACCGAGGUGGCUCGCCCUCCUGUCAAGCGAACCCAGAUCCCCGUGCCCAAAGCUGCCCACCAUGCCGCCGAGACUGCUGCCCCCGCUCCGGUGCGCCAUGAAAAGACUAACGUCCAUCCCCUUGAGGACCCCAUGGACACCGAUCAGCCUGCCCAGAAGAGGGCCAAGAUCCAACCCGCCGCCCCCGAGUGGGACGAUCUCGACGCCCCCGAGGCCGAUGACCCGAUGAUGGUCACGGAAUACGUCGGCGAGAUCUUUGAGUACAUGAAGGAGCUUGAGAAAAACACACUGCCGAACGCCAACUAUAUGGACGACCAGAAGGAGCUUGCGUGGAAGAUGCGCGGCAUCCUGAUCGAUUGGAUGAUCGAUGUCCACAACAAGUUCCAGCUGCUGCCGGAAACCCUCUUCCUUGCCAUCAACAUUGUGGAUCGCUUCCUGUCCCUCCGAAUCGUCUCGCUCAUCAAGCUGCAGCUUGUCGGCCUGACGGCGCUCUUCAUUGCUGCAAAGUACGAGGAAGUCUGUGCUCCGUCCGUGAGCUAUUUCAUCCAGCUUGCUGGCGGAACGUACACCGACGACGAAGUCAUCAAGGCCGAGCGCUAUGUCCUGCAGGUCCUGGACUUCUCCCUCCAAUACCCCUCGCCUCUCUCUUUCCUCCGCCGUGCCUCCAAGGCCGACGGAUACGAUAUCCAGAGUCGCACUCUGGCAAAGUACCUGAUGGAGGUCGCGCUGAUUGAAUACCGCUGCCUGGAGUUCCCUCCUUCGCAGGUCGCCGCCGGCUCCCUGUACCUUGCCCGCCGCAUGCUCGGCCGCCACGACUGGGACGCCAAUCUGGUACACUACUCUGGAUACCGCGAAGCGGAGCUCCAGAACAUCACUGCCCUAAUGAUUGCCUAUCUGAGCCGCCCCACCAAGCACGAGGGGCUCUUCAAGAAGUAUGCCGCCCGAAAGUACAUGAAGGCCAGUAUCUAUGCUCGCGACUGGAUCCACAAGCAAAACGAGCAGUCGGAUGCCUCGGAUGAGCUGUAA